ACCGGCCGCCGCCAUGGCGCUGAAGAUGGUGAAGGGCAGCAUCGACCGCAUGUUCGACAAGAACCUGCAGGACCUGGUGCGGGGAAUCCGCAACCACAAGGAGGACGAGGCAAAGUACAUCUCGCAGUGCAUCGAUGAGAUCAAGCAAGAGCUGAAGCAGGAUAACAUUGCAGUGAAAGCAAAUGCUGUUUGCAAGCUUACCUAUCUGCAAAUGUUGGGUUAUGACAUCAGCUGGGCUGCCUUCAAUAUCAUCGAAGUCAUGAGCGCGUCAAAGUUUACCUUUAAAAGGAUCGGAUACUUGGCCGCCUCUCAGUGCUUUCACGAAGGGACGGAUGUCAUCAUGCUGACGACUAACCAGAUCCGCAAGGAUCUCAGUAGCCCUAAUCAGUACGAUACUGGCGUUGCCCUGACCGGUCUGUCCUGUUUUGUGACUCCAGAUUUGGCCCGAGACUUGGCAAACGAUAUCAUGACCCUGAUGUCGCACACGAAGCCUUACAUCAGAAAGAAGGCAGUGUUAAUCAUGUACAAAGUGUUCUUGAAAUACCCCGAAUCCCUUCGGCCUGCGUUCCCUCGCCUUAAGGAGAAGCUGGAAGACCCUGAUCCUGGGGUCCAGUCGGCCGCCGUGAACGUUAUAUGUGAGCUUGCCAGACGUAACCCGAAGAACUAUCUCUCCCUCGCUCCGCUCUUUUUUAAGCUGAUGACGUCAUCCACCAACAACUGGGUCCUCAUUAAAAUCAUCAAACUGUUUGGUGCUCUUACUCCGUUGGAACCCAGGCUGGGGAAGAAGCUGAUAGAGCCCCUGACCAACCUCAUACAUAGCACAUCAGCCAUGUCGCUCCUCUAUGAGUGUGUGAACACGGUGAUAGCAGUCUUGAUCUCCCUCUCUUCGGGGAUGCCCAACCACAGCGCCAGCAUCCAGCUGUGUGUGCAGAAGUUGAGGAUUCUCAUAGAAGACUCAGAUCAGAACUUGAAGUAUUUGGGACUGCUGGCAAUGUCCAAAAUCCUGAAGACUCACCCCAAAUCUGUCCAGUCUCACAAAGAUCUCAUCCUCCAGUGCUUAGACGACAAGGACGAAUCCAUCCGCCUCCGCGCCUUAGACCUUCUCUACGGAAUGGUGUCAAAGAAGAACCUAAUGGAGAUUGUGAAGAAGCUGAUGAUCCACGUGGACAAAGCUGAAGGGACGACCUACAGGGACGAGCUGCUGACCAAAAUCAUUGAUAUAUGUAGCCAGUCCAAUUACCAGUACAUCACCAACUUUGAAUGGUACAUCAGCAUCCUGGUGGAGCUGACCCGGCUGGAGGGCACCCGCCAUGGCCACCUCAUCGCCUCCCAGAUGCUGGACGUGGCCAUCCGCGUGAAAGCCAUCCGCAAGUUCGCCGUGUCGCAGAUGGCGAUGCUCCUGGACAACGCGCACCUGCUGGCCAGCAACACGCAGCGGAACGGGAUCUGCGAGGUGCUGUAUGCCGCUGCCUGGAUAUGCGGCGAGUUCUCUGAGCACCUGGAGGAGCCGCACCAGACCCUGGAAGCCAUGCUGCGGCCGAAGGUCACCACCCUCCCAGGUCACAUCCAAGCGGUCUACGUCCAAAACAUGGUGAAGCUUUACGCCUCAAUCCUGCACCAGAAGGAGCAAGCCGGGGAGAAGGAGGAGGCCCAGGAGGCCACCCAGAUGAUGGUCGAGCGCUUGCCUCAGUUCGUGCAAAGCGCCGACCUCGAAGUCCAAGAGCGGGCGUCCUGCAUCCUGCAGCUAAUGAAAUACAUUCACAAGCUCCAGUUAAAGGAGGUGCCGGUGGCGGAGGAAGUGACCGCCUUGUUCGCCGGGGAACUCAACCCCGUGGCCCCCAAAGCACAGAAGAAAGUUCCAGUUCCGGAAGGCUUGGACCUCGACGCCUGGAUCAACGAGGCGCCUUCCGACAGCGAGUCCGAAGACGAGAAGCCCAGGACGAUCUUCCAUGACGAGGAGCAGAGGCAUUCGCGGCACCGGCAGCCCGAGAUGGACGAGGAGGAGCUGGCCCGGCGUCGAGAAGUCCGGAAGCAGGAGCAAGCGAACAACCCGUUUUACAUCAAGAGUUCUCCUUCCCCACAGAAACGGUACCAAGAUGCCCCUGGUGUUGAGCACAUACCUGUGGUUCAGAUUGACCUCUCUGUUCCCCUAAAAGUUCCUGGCAUGCCGGUGUCCGACCAGUACGUGAAGCUGGAGGAGGAGCGGCGGCACCAGCAGAAGCUGGAGAAGGACAAGAAGAAGAAGAAGCAGAAGAAAGAGAAGCGGGGGGGCAAGCACCGGGGCCACAGCUCCCUCAACAUGGAGAGCGACGAGGACAUCGCCCCCGCCCAGCACGUGGACAUCAUCACCGAGGAGAUGCCAGAGAACGCCCUGCCCAGUGACGAGGAUGACAAAGACCCCAACGACCCCUACAAAGCGCUGGACAUAGACCUGGACAAGCCUUUAGCCGACAGCGAGAAGCUCCCCGUUCAGAGGCACAGGAACACCGACGGCCUCAAGUCUCCGCAAGAUGCAGAAGUUCCUGCCAUGGAGAAGAAGAGCAAGAAGCCGAAGAAGAAAGAAAAAAAGCACAGAGAGAAAGAGAGGGAGAAAGAGAAGAGGAAAGAGCGGGAGAAGAAAGCAGAGGAGGAGGACAAAAAGCCCGACGACAUGGACUUCUGGCUUUCGGAUGCUCCACCCCCUGCGGCAGCAAUGGAGGUAGAGAGCAAGCCAGAGUUGAGUGUGGACUUGGCAGAACCCAGAGGGCUGGAGGAAGCCAAGAAGGAGGGCCACGAGGAAGAGGCAGAGGAGGAAGCCGAAGGAAAGAAAUCCUCCAAGCACAAGAAGAAGAAGCAUAAAAAGGAGGAGAAGUCCAAGGACAAAAAGAAGUCCAAAAAGCACCACGGAGAGGAGCUGCUGCAGAAGGAGUCCGUUCAGAAUGGGACCCUGGAGGAUGAGCCGCUGCCGCCAAUGUCGAGUUACCGACUUCUCGCUGAAAAUGCAUAUAUUACCCUGACCUACGACAUCCAAGGGAACCUCCAGCACGACAGCCAGGUCACCGUCUCGGUGAUCUUCGAAAACAAGAGCAGCAGCUUCCUCAAGAGCAUGGAGCUUAACGUCUUGGACUCCCUGAACGCAAAGAUGCUGCGGCCGGAAGGCUCCUCUAUACACGACGGCAUCCCCGUUCCUUUCCAGUUGCCUCCCGGGGUCUCAAAUGAAGCUCAGUUUGUCUUCACACUCCAGAGUAUCGUCGUGGCCCAGAAGCUAAAAGGAACUCUGUCUUUCAUAGUGAAAGACGACGAAGGUUCCACUCACGAAAAACUAGAUUUCAAGUUACACUUCAGUUGCGCCUCUUACCUGAUCACGACGCCAUGUUACAGCGACGCUUUUGCCAAGUUGCUGGAGUCAGGGGAUUUGCACAGCAGCUCGAUUAAAGUGGAUGGCAUCACAUCCCCUUUCCAUCAUGUAUUGGCAAAAAUAUGUUUCUACCAUCACUUCUCAGUCGUGGAACGAGUCGAAGCCUGUGCGUCCAUGUACAGCCGUUCAAUCCAGGGCCAUCAUGUCUGCCUGCUAGUGAAAAAGGGAGAGGAUUCCGUGUCCGUUGACGGGAAAUGCGACGAAUCCACCCUGCUGAGCAACCUGCUGUCUGAACUCAAGGAGACCCUUUCGAUGUGCUGAGUCCUCUUGGGGAAACUGGCGCAAACCCCC